CAGCAGACUGCACUUGCAUUGAAGCCGGUGUUCAUGGCAGAGACUUCGUCGAAGGGUGGCAAAUACCUGAGCUACCGUGGUUCAAAAGAAAGAUGCAAACGGGUCAUGGAGUGGAUUUCGCAGAUCACUGAUGAGGAGGCCUUGCGCAGGCAUGAGAAGAACAAGAAGGUCUACGCUAAGGUCAAGGUUUCGAAAGACAAGGAUGCAUGCACGAGGAAGGGAUCCUUCUCACUACGGCUCGACGAUUUCGACAGUGAAGAGCCUUUGGAGGACCAGAUCAUGGUGAACUUCGAGCUCCUCAAGCAGUGGUUCGAGUUGAUGGGGCGAGAAACCCCCAUGGGACAUGAGAUCCAGGCAGCGAUCUUAGAAAAGAAUGAGGUCUUUCGGUUUCUGUACACGACCAAGCCGAAGUAUCAAAAGGUGGAGGCCUAUGAGGCUGCCCUAGACUGGAGGGGGUUAGUGGCAGACUUUUUAGUGACUGAAAGACGGUCAGGUGGCAGGGUCCGGACUUUUUCAACUUGCAGGUCAUGCCGCGGAUCGUGCGCCAUACGGAGCUGCUGGACCAUGUGGGGAAGAGCAGCUGGUUAG